GUAGUAUGGUGCAAUUACACUUUCGUUGUAAUACGAGCUUUUGUUCGCGUGGCUUGCACUCGCGUGCUUCUUGUUCUUCCUUUCUCUAAUACCCGCGUAUAAGUCUAUCUCGUUUUAAGUGCAAAAAUAGUAGUGGAAUACGAGCAACGCGACUAUAAAUCUAUGAUGUGGAAGCGGAAAACAACAUGGCCUCACGCUAAGGACGGCUGUCAAAAAUUUGGAAGCGAGUGUCGAGUGGCGCGCGGAUAAUCUCCGGAUAUCUGGGUUCUCCUUUUUCAUUCGGAAGAGGAUUCGUCGUACCUCGGGCGAGAUAGUGCGAGAGAAUGUUGACGGCAGCGGCAAAUACGUUGUCCAACAAUGGUGGCUCCUACAGCAACGAGAGGCCGUCCAGUGCGGGCGAUGCGGAUCUCGCGACAGAUCCCGCCUCCGGUGGAUUCUUUCACUCGGAUUACAAGAAGCACGACGACCUCAAGGAGAUGUUGGAUAGUAACAAAGAUGGACUCAAGUUGGAAGCCAUGAAACGUAUAAUUGGGAUGGUGGCCAAAGGAAGGGAUGCGUCGGAACUGUUUCCAGCUGUUGUAAAAAAUGUAGUAUCCAAGAAUAUCGAAGUGAAGAAGUUAGUAUAUGUUUACCUAGUUCGUUACGCAGAGGACCAACAAGAUCUGGCACUUCUGUCUAUAUCAACAUUUCAAAGAGCAUUGAAAGAUCCUAAUCAAUUGAUAAGAGCAAGCGCUCUAAGGGUAUUGUCUAGUAUACGAGUUUCCAUGAUAGUGCCUAUUGUGAUGCUGGCCAUCAAAGACUCGGCUAGCGAUAUGUCACCAUAUGUGCGAAAAACAGCUGCUCAUGCCAUUCCUAAGUUAUACUCAUUGGAUCCUGAACAGAAAGAGGAAUUGAUAAGCGUACUUGAAAAAUUGCUAUCUGACAAAACUACUCUUGUGGUGGGCUCGGCAGUGAUGGCUUUUGAAGAGGUGUGCCCAGAUAGAAUAGAUCUUAUUCAUAAGAAUUAUAGGAAAUUGUGUAAUUUAUUAGUGGACGUUGACGAAUGGGGCCAAGUGGUUAUUGUUAACAUGCUCACUAGAUACGCUAGAACACAAUUUGUUAAUCCAAACACAGAUAUUAUAGAAGAUGAAAAUCGGCCAUUUUAUGACUCCGAUUCCGAUUCUUCCAAUACAAAGAAACCAAAGUUUAUGUUAGAUCCAGAUCAUCGUUUGCUGUUGAGGAACACGAAACCUUUGUUACAAAGUCGAAACGCAUCUGUAGUGAUGGCAGUUGCUCAGUUAUAUCAUCACGCAGCACCCAGAAGCGAAGUCAUGACUGCUGCAAAGGCACUAAUAAGAUUACUGAGAUGCCACAGAGAAGUGCAGAGUAUUGUGCUUCACUGUAUCGCCAGCAUAUCAAUUACAAGAAAGGGAAUGUUUGAGCCCUUUUUGAAAUCGUUCUUCGUGCGGACUUCCGAUCCCACUCACAUAAAACUUUUGAAGCUUGACAUAUUGACGAACCUGGCGACCGAAACUAGCAUUAGCGUAAUACUCAGAGAGUUUCAAACGUACAUUUCUAGUAGCGACAAGGAAUUUGUCGGUGCCAGCAUUCAGGCAAUCGGCAGAUGCGCAAGUAACAUCAAAGAAGUGACCGAUAUGUGUCUCAAUGGGUUGGUAUCGCUGUUGAGCAAUAGAGAUGAGGCUAUCGUGGCGGAAAGUGUCGUAGUAAUAAAAAAGCUUUUACAAACGCAGCCGAAUGAGCACAAAGACAUAAUCGCUCAUAUGGCAAAAUUAAUGGAUUUUAUUACGGUACCACAAGCCAGAGCUUCUAUUCUCUGGCUCUUAGGCGAAUAUUCUGACAGAGUUCCUAAAAUAGCGCCAGAUGUGCUUCGAAAAAUGGCGAAAAGUUUCGUAAAUGAACAGGAUAUAGUGAAACUGCAAACUUUGAAUUUGGCCGUGAAAUUAUGCUUGAACAAUCCCACGCAAACAAAACCGUUUUGCCAGUAUGUCUUUCAACUCGCCAAAUACGAUCAGAAUUACGACAUUAGAGACCGAGCGCGUUUCCUACGGCAUUUUAUUUUCGAAGAAGGUGAUGCAAAGAAGCUUCCGCAGUUCGCAAAGAGAGUUUUCCUUGCACCGAAACCAGCACCAACUUUAACCUCCAGAUUCAAAGACUCGGAAUAUCAAUUGGGUACUCUAUCUCACUAUCUGGACAUGCCAUGCGCGGGAUACCGGCCUUUACCGCCUUUUCCAGAAGUUACGCAAGAUCCAUCUGUGCGAGAUGUUGCACCACCUAUCGCGCAAGAACUGAGAGAAGAGCGCCAUAAUAGAAAGGAAAAGGAAAAGAAAAAGAAAGAAAAGGAAAAACCGUUUUAUAGUGACGAAGAAAGCACUCCUGCUGAAGAAUCAGAGAAUCAGUCCGAGUCUUCGUCCAGCGAGUCUUCGGACGAAGAUAGCGAUUCUUCCGAAUAUACGAGCGAAUCAGAUAAAUCUGAAACAGGCAGCGGAAAGAAAAAUGCAACGAAAUCCGAUGAUUCCGAAAGUGAAUCUUCGAGCAGUGAAGAAUCAGAUUCUGAAGAUGAGGAAGAAGAAGAAGAAGAAGAAGAGAGCGAGUCUCAAGAAAGUGAAGAAGAGAAAUCGAAAGUUGUUGAGCAAGAAGUGAAAGAGAAGCCAAAAAGUAACUUUGAUCUGCUAUUGGAUCUGGAUGACGUUGUUCCAAUGACUCCUGUGAUGACACCUAGUUUGGGUGGUUUUCUUACUCCAAUUAAUUCAGCAAUUAUAGAUAAUGUUCGAGAAGUAUCGACAUCAUACGUUCCAUUAAAAACUAUUUUAUUAAAUAGUAUCAUAGGACAUGGUUUAAAAAUUGAAUAUAGAUUUACGAGGUCGCAGCAUUUAGUUAGCUCCAAUUUGGUUAAUAUCGAAUUAACAUUCGCUAACGAAAGCAACGAUGUCAUCAAGGAGAUUCAAAUAGGAAACAAAAAUUUUCAAAAAGGUAUGUUUAUUCACGAUUUUACGCGAAUAUCAUCGCUCGAUGCAAACGCCACGUUAUCUUCGACAUUGGGCGUUAAUUUUAAUGAUUCCACACAACCGGCUAAUUUUAACAUCGACUUUUCAAUCAACGACGAGAAAUAUUCAUGUUCGGUCAGUAUCAAACCACCAAUCGGAGAGAUAAUAAGAGCUGUGAUCUUGCCUGAAAGUAUGUUCAACGCGGAAAAAUCUAAACUAAAAGGUAUGAACGAGCAUAUAGCGAAAAUACCGUAUUCUGGGAACAAAAACACUCUUCCUCAAAAAGUGUUCGAGACUGCAAACGUCGCAAGAAUAGCUGAUGAGGAUGAAGUUAUGCGGUUUGCCGCUCAUACUUUAGCAUCUAAAUCAUUGGUGUUGGUGACAAUAAAAUUUAUUGACGCUGGGCAGCUGGAAGUUUGCGUAAAUUGUGAAAAAAUGGUUAUAGGAUCGAUUUUAUUGAAUGAAUUUAAGAGUAAUUUAAAAUAGAACAAAUGUAUGUAUGCUAUUUACGAAAUUAAGUAUAACAGAUAACAGAUACGUUUGCGAGGCAAUUUGAAUACUUCUUCCUUCGUAACGCGAAGGUAAAUUUUUUCAAAUAAUAUAUAUUCCAUGUUUAAUUUCUAUACAUGUAUGUACAAAAAUGCAAAUAAGUAUGA